AUUGUGUAGACGGCAACAACUCUGGGAUUCACUGGAAUCAGUUGAGCGAAACCGCAUUAAUGUCCAAAAAACAUGAAAACGGAUCCGAAUAUCUAUUUUAUUGGCGACUGGUCGGUCAAACAGAGUAACCGUGUGGAGUUUUCGGCUUCCUUCCUCCUUUAAACCUUGUGUCGGUCCACCUGAGCACAUGCUAGCAGCUCUUGGACCAACAUUGCCCCAUGCUGAAGCUCAGGCGCAGCAGCAGCUCUGGAGCCACAGAGCCGACGGUCAUUUCCGACAGCUCCGUAUGGAUCUGACGUCUGAAUGCGCUUGAUGUUUUACAACGGGACGAUUGCCGAUUUUUUUUAAGGAUGGGGGAUCCCUGUGACCUUAAACACGUAGUACAACAGGAAGGGAGUGGUGCUUCGGUAAAAGUGGAGGGCCUAUCCAAAUCAGCCCUUAUAAAAAGUUUGUCACCCAGAGUUAUGUUAUCCAACCAUUUCUUGCCAAAAGGGACCAAGAUGAAAGUCAAUCUGGAAGAUCAGGGUCGUCAGAAAGUGUCCUUCACCUUCUCACAGACAAAAAAACCUCUUCAUAAUUCAUUCUUCAUUUCUGCCAGUCCGGAUACGACUGUCGCUGAACCUCCCUCCACCUUGUCACAGUCAACCUCAGACAAAGGGGGGAAGAGUACAAACAGUAAAACAGAGCAAAGGCAGACAAACUCGGUGCCAACUUCUCCAGAGACACUUUCUCAAAAAUCCUAUCCAACUAGACUCAAAACAAACUUGGCCAAGAUGCAUUUUAAGAAGCAGAUUCUUAAUGCGUCUGUGACUGAAGAGAAACCAGCGCCUUUUACAUCAGAAGAGCUUCAUGCUACUGAAUUGAUGGUUUCACCAAAGUCAGCAGCUAAGAACGACUCUGAAUUCCCAUUGCCCCAGCCUCAGAGUGGCACCAGCAUCAGGCCAUCUGAAAAUGUUCCCACUCACACCUCUGAGGCAAUGCAAGACCCUAGCCCAAAGAAGUCUUCUGUUUCUUCAGGAAAAGAUGGUGAUAGUUCCAGCAGUACUGAUCAAGAUAAUGGUGUGCACAAAAGGAAAACCAGGUCGCAAUCGGAUAGUGCUCCUCCUUGCUCAGAAACCGAGGGAGAUUUACCCAGUACGUCUUCCAGCCGCAAAUCAGAUGAUUCAAAAAGUAAAACAAACUCUGACAGCAGAAGCAAAGACUUGAAAAGGUCUUCCUCUAACUCACAUGUUGGAGAAAGAGAAAAAAAUUCCUCUAAGCGUUCAGAGAAUCACGAAAGGUCUUCUAGUUACUCCAAAUCCGAGCGAGACUCUAGAAACACAUCGUCGCGCUCGUCUCGAUCAGACUGGGAUCGCAGAAGGUCCAAGUCACGAUCACGGUCUAGAUCUAGAGGAUCUCGAACAAAUUCAUCUCACUCCAGAUCAGAGAGAUCCAGAUGUGACAGAGUAUCUCGUUCCGAAAGGUCGUACUAUCACGAUUCUGAUCGACGAUCAUACAGGAGUUCUCCACGCAGAGAGAGAAGACAUUCUCGUUCUCACACUGACAGGACUCGAUAUAGUUCAGACUCUGAAGAUGACCACAGGAAACCAAGGACGAGAGCAAGUGCCUCUAGUAGGUCGUCCAACUACUCAAGCUCCAAUAAAUCCUCACAACCAACUUCCUACUCAAAAUCGGACAAAUCUUCUAAGUCUGGAGAGUCUCCUCACUCCUCUGAGUAUGAUAAAAGAACUUCAAAGUCUGAAAGGACAUCAAAGCGUUUAUCAGACUCUGAUUCCCAACACAAGCUCACUCCUGAUUUGGACUCUAGUUAUCGUAAAUCCAGCAGUCAUAAUAAGUCCGAGACCAACACCAAAUCAUCUUCUUCCGGUACACAUACCCGGUCUCAAACACACGACAAGCACCGAAAAAGCAACUCCAGUGACUCUGAGGCAGAUAAUAAGUCAAAAUCGCAAUCGUCUGACAAAACCGUGGGCUCUUCUGAGAAGUGUAAAGACUCCCAAGAGAAAACCAGAAGGCCGGAUUCAAAAGAGAAAACCCCCUCUAAAUCGUCUGCAAAAUCCCCGAGACACGAUAGACAAUCAAUUGAUAUAUUUCAGAGUCCUGACAAACCUCCGACAAGCGAAACCAGCACAGAAUCGAGUUCUCAGAGUGAAAGAGAAAAGUCUGAUUCACAGCAAGGCAGAAAUGAACAGAGUGAUCAGGAUGGUAAGGAGACAGCAAUGCCCGCCGACGAGAGUUUGCUAGAGACUUUAUCCGAGACAGAGAAAGAAAUGGAAUCAGGACUUGAAAUGGAAAAUAAAAAUACCUCAGCUUCAUCCUCAAGUGACAACCUGAAAUGUGACAGUGUGGAAGAUUUGAAUAAUGUGAAUGGUAGUUUUUUCUCAAAUGAUCAACCACAUGUGAACUUGAGUAAUGCUAGCACAAAUUCAGGUGAACUCGAUGAUAGUUUGAUUUGCAAAAAAGAAAAUGCUCCAGACUGUCAGUUUGUGUCCAAAUCCCCUCUGGAUACACUAGAUAUACCUGUUACACCUGAUGUCCAGCAAAACACUAAACCAGAAUUUGUUGAGCCAAAAAACAUUUUGUGUCUUGCGAAGCAAUUGGACACAAGUGUGUCACCCACAUCAGAUUCAUUGUGUCUUGAAACUGAAAAUCAGCCAAUGAAAGGACAGCAAAAUAAAGAUGAUGUUAAAAAGAGUAGCUGUGCAACCAGGAAGUCUCGGUGGGACAUUGUUGGGCAAGACACGUGUGAAAGUGAUAGUUUGAGCAAAGGUGAGUAUGCAGAAAGUAAGCUUGCGAUGAUAAAAGUAAUAUCCUUUAAAAAAAUAGACAUUUCUACCGACAACAGCCAACAAGAGCCCAACAGUAAUGAUAAUAUACAGCCAGGAGAUUCAACACAUUCCGAACCAAUAAACCAGACAGUGAUGUCUAAGCAAGAAGUCUGCUUGGACAGCAUACCCGUGACCUGUAGGAACAAUGACCAAAGUGAGCCUUUGCAUGCAAGCACCAGCACUGACCACUGUGACUUAGAGCUUUCUGCUUGUCAACCACUGAACACAGAUGAGCCUCUGCGCAUAUCACAGAUCGACUCCGCUGCAGAUGCACAAAACCAGAGCAGUGACACUGAUGAAAGCAAAUCCAGGGAGGACAUAUGCUGGAGCAAACUUAGUAAAACACCCCCAGUCACCCAGGAUGCAUUAGCAACACCCAGUGAUGCCAGCGACAGUGACAACUCGGCAUAUGAUUCGGACUGUGACAAGGCUAUCAAACAGUUUCACUCUGUGGUUGUGGUACCAAAGCAUUCUUCUCUGGCAAAGGAAGUAGAUAUCAAGGAUGAUUCUCCACACACUCCUGAAAUUACUUCCCACCAUCCUGAGACUCACGGAACAGCCAAUGUACAUAUAAAAGAUGUCCCAAACCAAGUUAGCUCACAGCAAACACAACCCACACCUAGGACAAGUUUAGGUGAAUCACUCAACAGCAGUGUGUUGUGUCAGUCCCAGAGCAAUACGAUUGACAGCACCAGUCAUUCUGAGGGUUCCAGCUCUGUCAGCACCCAGCCUCAUACCAGUGCAACACAUUCUUCUCACUCGCUCGAUAAUUCCAAACAGUGCGAACRAAGGCUAGUACAGCAUGACAUAAGGAGCCAAGGUAACCAGAUAAACUUGCAUUACCAGCAUGGUGAUUUCUCCAAAUCAGACAAUGUCGGUGACAAGAAUGUUCUCGGUCUGAGCUGGGACUUUUCUCAACCAGAACAACCCACUAGUACGUGCCAGCAGCCUGACAGCAGCCACGGGCUACAAUUAACAAACACUAAACCAACAGGGGUCGUUUGCAAAGAGCAAGAGCACAGACUGAGCAUUGCUUCCUCUACAUACCAAUCCCCGAACACGCAAAGUAAUACGAUACUCUACCUCCACCAACGGGAUCAAGACCCGUUUAGUGAAAUCCACCCGGAUUCCCUCACGAAUGAUCAUGAGGACUACAGCGAGGACAAAUCAUUGGUAAAUCUUAGUAAAUUGGCAGUUGAAUGCGGUACGUUUAACACUCCGGGGUCAUGGAGCUUUGUGCAAGGUCACGAAAUAAGCAGCAACAGCAGGGGUCCUACUGUACCCGAACCCCCUCGAGAGAGCAGCUCGAGACCCCACAGAGGCAGAGGUCCUCCCAAGAAACGGCGGCCAGAGAUUGAGUCGGACUCCGACAAUGAGGCAGAAGUUGGACCCUCAAGCAAAAAGGAGCGUCAUGGAGAUACUGCUGUGUCUAAGGGAACUUCAGGAAAAGCUGACGUGCGCAGGCCGUUGCUCACUCUGCGGGACUUUCAAGACGCCAGCAGAUGGAAGGAGUUUUCCAAGACUAAAAAGAUGCCUCCUUACUUUGACUUAAUUGAGGAGAACCUCUACUUGACCGAGAGGAAGAAAAGUAAAUCCCAUCGAGAUAUCAAGAGGAUGCAAUGUGAGUGCCCAGUUCUUUCACGAGAAGAUCGCGCUAAAGGAGUGCUUGCAUGUGGGGAAGACUGUUUAAAUCGGCUCCUGAUGAUCGAAUGCUCAUCCCGGUGCUUGAAUGGAGCAUACUGCUCUAACCGACGCUUCCAAAUGAAACAACAUGCAGAUUUYGAGGUUAUCCUUACAGAAGAUAAGGGCUGGGGGCUGAUCGCAGCCAAAGAAAUGCCUCCAAACACAUUUGUCCUGGAAUACUGUGGAGAGGUGUUGGACCACAAGGAGUUCAAAACAAGGGUUAAGGAAUACGCUCGCAACAAGAAUAUCCACUACUAUUUUAUGUCCCUUAAGAAUAAUGAGAUUAUUGACGCAACAUUGAAGGGAAACUGCUCUCGCUUCAUGAAUCACAGCUGUGAGCCCAACUGUGAGACCCAGAAGUGGACUGUUAAUGGCCAGCUACGAGUUGGGUUCUUCACCACCAAAACUGUCACUGCAGGAACUGAACUGACAUUUGACUACCAGUUUCAGAGAUAUGGGAAAGAAGCACAGAAAUGCUUCUGUGGUGCACCCAGCUGCAGAGGCUUCCUCGGUGGGGAGAACAGAGUUAGUGUUCGAGCAGCUGGGGGGAAGAUGAAGAAAGAUCGCAGUCGAAAGAGCGCUCUGACCACGGUGGAUGAAGAGCUGGAGGCGUUGCUGGAGAAUGGAGAAGGUCUGUAUGACGAGAAACAGGUGGUGUCUCUCUGCAGGCUAAUGGUCCGAGUGGAAACUAUGGAGCAGAAACUCCUCUGUCUCAAGCUCAUACAGGACACCCAGAAUCCAUCGUGCCUGAAGCAGUUCUUAGACCAUCAUGGGCUGUCUUUGUUAUGGAUCUUUAUGGUGGAGCUUUCUGAAGCUAAAGGCAAYAGCGCCAACAGCAUCAAGCUGCAAAUAGAGAUCAUGAAGACCCUAGCUGUGCUGCCCAUCUCCACAAAGAACAUGCUGGAGGAGAGCAAAGUCCUGACUCUCAUUCAGCGGUGGGCUCAGACCAAAACUCUCCCCCAGCAACCCGAGAUGGACGGUUACUCCAGCGAGAACACCUCCCGAGCUCAAACGCCGCUCAACACUCCCGAUGGUUCCUCCACCAAACUAGCGCCGGAACUAGAUGGCGACGCAGCCAAACCUGCCGUGUACCGCCGCCUUAAAAUCAUUAGCGAGAACAGUCUGGACAGCGCUCUAUCCGAUGCAAGCAAGGCCUCUGACGGGAAGGAGGAAGAGGAGGAGGAGGACGAGGAGGAGGACGAGGACGAAAAGUCUCACGCCGAUUCUUCGGACGGAAAGCAGUUGAAAGAGGAACAUUCAGACGAAGCUGUCGGCGCAGCGAAGGAGGCGGUGGAGGAGUCCAUGAAAGGCAUCGUCCCAGAAAAACAGGACAAGAUGGAGACGAACUCAAGCAGUCAAGAGCAACACGAAAAUGUGAACAAUGAGGACAGAAAGGAGUUUAAUGUUGAAAAGAAGGGAACGGAAAUGAAAGAGAACAUGGGAGAGGGUCAAACAGAUGAAGCUGAGGCCUCAAAAAUUACUUGUGAAGAGCAGGAGAGUGUGGAGAAGCAGCACAGCCAAACGGUGCCAGAAAAAGACAGCUCAGAAGGAGGCUCGUCUACUGAUCAAAACAACGAGUCAGAAAGUCAGUCCAGUCAAACGACCCCUGCUGAUGUUCCAAAUGAGCAGCCUUCAGCGGCUGCAGAAACACGCGAAGAGCCACAAGAGGCUGAGAAACUUCCUCCCAGCGGUGAGUCACAACUCGCUGAGUCCGGCACCUUCGCUCCCCMAAGCUCAGAGACGCCGGAGGUCACCGUCUCCUCAGAGGUCACCGUCUCCUCGGAGGUCACCGUCUCCUCAGAGGUCACCGUCUCCUCGGAGGUCACCGUCUCCUCAGAGGUCACCGUCUCCUCGGAGGUCACCGUCUCCUCAGAGGUCACCGUCUCCUCGGAGGUCACCGUCUCCUCAGAGGUCACCGUCUCCUCGGAGGUCACCGUCUCCUCAGAGGUCACCGUCUCCUCGGAGGUCGCAGCGAUGCAGGUGGAACCGUCGGCGAUGGGAACUCCCUCUCAGGAAGAAGAGGAAGGUGUCUCGGAUGUGGAAAGUGAGAGAAGUCAGGAGCCCCAACUCAGUGUUUUGGACAUCAGUGGGAUGGCUGCGAGGCUUUUGGAGACCUGGAAGGAUCUGAAGGAGGUGUACAGAAUACCUAAAAAGAUCCAGGUAGAAAAAGAAGCAAGAGACCGAAGCCGUGAUCGAGACACAGCUCUGACACCACGCAACACUUCUGGCAGCCGAGAACGCGAAAGGGAGCGAGAGAAGGAGCGAGAACGUGACAGAGACAGAGAUUACGAUCGAGACUGGGACAGGGACAGAGAGCGGGACAGAGAGCGGGACAGAGAGCGGGACAGAGAGAGGGACCGCGAUCGAGUCUCGGAAAAAACUCCUCGCAGCUCUGAGCGACGGAGGAGGCGCUCUCUGUCUCCACCAUCCAUCUCCUACGAGAGGAGCAGCCGACGCUCAGAUGAAAGGUAG